UAUCAUCAAUAAGUGCAGAUUAAAUUAUUGCAGCAUCGAAUACUUGUACGGCUAAUAUUUAUGUCCAAAAUGCUCAGUAUUGAAAUUUAGCUGUAACUUUUUCUAACUUACAAAAAUAGAGUCUAAUCAUCUUGUGCAAGUACACGAGUUACAAAAUUGCCCCUUAGGAGACAAUAGAAGUUGACAAAGUAAAUCCUUUGUUAUUUCUGUCAUUUAUAUUAUCGCAAUUAUGGAUGGCAGGGAAAUCUCUUUUUUCGCUUUGAUUUGCUUAUAGACAGCCUAUUUAUACACAGUACACAUACACAUCUAUAUAUUGUCAUAGAGUAUCAUAGUUCUGUAAUCACAGUUUGCAUGGUAGUUAAUGCAGGCCAGUGAAAAAAAAUGAAAGGCAUAAAUGUAAUUUCUCCUAGAAUUUAACUACCAAUAUAUAUGUUCUCCCUCCAAAAUAGCCUUCCCUUCCAUCAUUUCUGGGGAAGGAGAACCAGAGCUGCGGGUCUUCUUUCUUUUUCCCCUUUCAUUGCACAAAAUCAAACACAUCUGUCCCUUGUUUCUCCGAUUUAAUAUAAUCAUAAACAUAUAUAUAGACAUAAGAAUGUCUUUAGUGAAGCGGAAGCUUAAGCGCCGAUGCUCUGGCAUUGAGCAAUGUGCAAAACUAUUGGAAGAUGACUGGAAAUACGAGGUUAUCUAUGGUGGAUCAUUGAAGCACGUGGACCUGAAACACGGGUCCAACGGCUGGGCUUCACCGCCAGGAGACCUCUUCUCACUCCGAUCACAAACUUAUUUUACCAAAAAAGCUAAGGCUCCGUCUGGUCCAUGGCUUCUUCAACCAGCCGGUGUCGAUUGGUUGAGAUCCUAUGAUAAAUUGGACCAUGUAUUGGGGAGAACAGAUAAUCGGGUAAUGAACGCUUUGAGAAAAGCGCAAUCUAUAGGUAAGAACAUGAAGUCAUUUGUAAUGGCCGUGAAUCUACAAAUGCCUGGACGUGAGAAUCACAGUGCAGUUUUUUAUUUCUCGACGGAUGAUCCUAUUGCUUCCGGUUCGCUUUUGGACCGAUUUAUUAACGGCGAUGAUGCCUUUCGCAACAGCCGGUUUAAGAUGGUGAACCGGAUUGUAAAAGGACCGUGGCUUGUAAAGAACACCGUCGGAAACUACUCUGCGUGUUUAUUAGGAAAAGCAUUGAGUUGUAGUUACCAUAGAGGUGACAAUUAUCUUGAGAUUGAUGUAGACAUUGCUAGCUCAGCUAUCGCGACAACGAUUUUGCAUUUGGCAUUGGGGUGCGUCACGGCGGUGACGAUCGAUAUGGGAUUCAUGGUAGAAGCACAGUGUGAAGAGGAGUUACCGGAGAGAUUGUUUGGCGCGGUCAGGAUUUCGGAAAUGGAAAUGUCGUCAGCGAGUUUCGUUGAGACGAGAUCGUUUAAUAAGAAAGUUGGAGGUGCUGGUAGUCUUAGUACUAAUUAGAUUAAUGAUUCCUGGUUUGUUAAGAAACUAAUUAAAACGAAAACUGAUUUUUCGUUAAAAUAAUUUUGUUGCAUUUUGUGUUCUUCAUAUUAUAAUUAGAUGAUAAGUGUUGGCAUUGUAGCAGUUUCUGCAUCUCAUUAUGAGUAUAAUGUUACUGACUCGAACUCUCGAACUCUUGUUAUCGUGAUUAUACAUUCGAUCCACCUUAAACCCGAAGGUGUUAGUUCAGAAUCAUGUAAUUCAUAUAUGUAAAUUGUAUACACUUUAUAGAACUUGAUCUUACAUUCAUGUGUUUAUCAUUCUUUGUUCUUGCAAUAAUAAUAUUUGAUGUCUAUAGCCUAAAAUCAUUUCUUCCGAUGACUGAAAGCUAUCUGUCAUAUUUUCUGGCAAUUAUCGACACCGGAAUCAACUUGUUUAAAGACACCCUUUAGCCCCGAACCCUAACUUGUUUCCUGCAACAUCGUAGACAACUUGCAUAGUCUUCUGCUGAACAUUCCCGUAGAUUAGCACAUCAGAUGCAUCACUGUUAGGGGCGAAGGCGAGACACACUUGCGACGAGCUGACAGCGUACAGAAUUCCGGAACCAUCAAUAUCAAUUUUCGUGUUCCCACCGAAAAUAAUGCUGAUGGUUGGAAUUUUCACUGUAUUGUACUUGCUGAAGUCGUAACAUGUGUCGAGUAUGGAAACUGGUUUCCCCAUUGGAUAACUGGUCAUUUGUUUCCUGAACGCGUCUCGUAAUGCUGUGUAAGCUGCUGGAGGUAAACGUGUGAUGACAGUGCCAGAAUCGAUGAUAGAUCCAGCGGUGGAGAACACAGUAGGACUGAUUUGAAGUUUCUGGCCGCCUACGAACAUUGCAAGGACGUCGAUGAAGUAAAAUGUUGUGCCUUGCGAACUAGAGAACGGAGUGUAUUUUACUGCUUUUGAGACGUAUGAUUGUCCAAACGUCAGGGAACCUGUUUCACUGGAUCUAGACGGAAGACAGUAGGAGAAAACUUGUCCGUAUUGUUUCGAUGUUUGUUGAACAAUAGAAAGAGGAUCUCUGGCUAGUCCGAUUAAUCCAGCAGUCUGAC